AUUGGCCUUAGGGUAAUCUUAGUCACACACUGAUGUUUUGAGAUGUCUGUCUGCAUGCUUUUGGGUGGACAGGGGCAUCGGCGGGCAUGUGGUUACCCUGGCACAAUCUGGGGGCCCAGCAUUUGACCUCAAAUACACAAGACUGGGCAGGAGGGCAAGGUGACAUUUUGGCUGGGGGCCCAGAAUUGCAUCUAGGUACGGAAGAUGCAGAGAUUUAAAUGCAGAGGUCUGUUUAUUGGGGGGAUGAAUGAAGGCAAAUUAAAUAUUGGGCUGUACACAUUGUCCCCAGUGACUUAACCCAACAAUGGAGGGGAAAUCAGUUUAUUAUCAGACUAUUGCACGAGAGGGGGGGCGGUGGCUCCUGAUUCAAUGAUACUUCAAAUAGAAGUUUUAGAGGAUUUUAUGACUGAGUAAUGAAACCAGCCUUUAAUUUCACAGGUUUAUUUUACAAAAAUCUCAAAUUAAAAUACGGCCUGAAUCACUGAGCACCAACACCGAUGUACCGGUAGUCCUCCGUCUGCCUUUUGUGCUAUUUUCAAAAUCGUUUUCUCACGCUUGUCUAUGCGGAGCAUAACGUACAGAUGUCCACGAGGGGGUACCAAACUGCCCCUAUAAACAGCCCAAUCUGUUAAACACUGAUCAGGAUGGUAACCCGUUUAUGCUCUUCCAUAUUUUUAUAAUACAUUUGAAUUUCAUUACACACGUAAUUAGAACUUACCACUCGUUUAAAGAUCAGAUCAGGAGAAUAUAAGCGGUCGUGUUGAUGAGAGAAGAAUAUAAGCUUCAUUCAGUGUAUGAACCACACCAGGGCUCUCCAGCUACGGUCCUGGAGAGCUGCUGUCCAGUAGGUUUUCUAUCCCACCUGGCUUCGGAUGAGCCACAACUGUUCUCAGGUAAAUACAAUGAACAAUUGUGGCUCAUCAGAAGCUAGUUGGAGACCCCUGAACUACACGAUAUGCUUAGGGUGACACUAAAAUAAUUUCAAUUUAUUUAUGUAUUCUUAAGACUUUGUAGCAGCUUAAUUGUGAGUUCAAAUUUAUUCGACCAAUCAAUAAUAAUAAUUGUUAUAGCGAAAGUGGAGAAUUUGUGGGUUUUUACACAAUGAUUUUUCCCGAAGCAGAAGCUGACCAAGACUUUCCACACGGUUCGGGGCCGAGUGAAAAGCCUGCUGGGGCCCAGACUGUCUGCACACCGCGCCCCACAUCCCGCUUAGGGACGUGCUCAGCUCUCAGAUUUCAGCCGGGCCUCAGUGGAAUUUUCCAAAAUUCCGUCCCAUAUCAGCUCCAGACCACUCUUAAGCACUAACUUAAAUGUAACGUUAUAUACUGUACUAUAAAAACAUAAAGACUGCUUGUUACAUUUCUAUUAACUUCCAAUAGCAAAAACCAUAUUUUGAAAAGUAACGACGUAGCCUUGUUUUAAAUCGUCGGGCAUUAUGAAUGUUGCCUGGUACUGAUACCGGAUGUUGUGUUAAACACCAGCACUUAAAAUAUAGUGUGUGUGUGUGUGUGUGUUUUGUUCUUCCUUAAUACCAGUCAACGGUUCACAGUCUAUUGCCUUUGUUCAUCUUACCUCGGCAUACAGUUUCUAUGAUUAACCCAACCUAAUUCUGAUUCAUGAAGGUAUAUCAUAAACUUAAGAUGCAUUUACAAUUACUGUUAUUUAAUUUCCACUGAUCUACACACGCAUCCACCGCGUUGCCUUGGCAUUUUGCACCGAGAAACAGGGGGAGUAGGCGGGGUAAUUGCUGUGAUUGAUGGUCCGACUUACCAAUCUGAUCCAGGGACGUGUAACGUUAUGCGUCACGAAAAUUCAGCAACAGCGUGUAUGGACCACCCGUGUAUGGAAGCAGCUCUCCUUGCUAAUCACACCGCUUCUUGGAAACUGUGCUCUCCCCCUACAACCCAGCUAAAUGGUGCAGGCCGCUAGCCGCCAAUCGUGGAGUGCCGGGGGCGUGGCCGUCGCGAGUCCCCCUGUUCCGUGUGAAAACUUUGCCGGCGGUCCGGGUGCAAAGUUUGAACCCGUCUGCAAAGCAGCGAACGGCCGUAGCGUCUGGCCGUGCCCCCGCUUUCGCCCGGCGCCCCAGCUUCCGCACCACGACCCCGUAUUUUACUAGAGACGCACUGCCCCUUGCAAAGGAGUGAAAUGAUGACAGUGUGUUAACAAAGGAAGCUUGAGUGCUGAGAUCGAAGGAUCGCGGAGCCGGUUUUGGGGAUCAAGCAGCGUGUAUUGAGAGACUCAGGUCGAGGAGCGACGAACCGUCGACGGGAAGCUUGUGUAGCCGUAUCCCUACUGUACGAACCCACGUCUCCCGGCGUCUUUCGGCUCUAUUCGGAGAACAGGCUGGUGAAGAUGGACUGCGAGCCGAACCGCGUCCGACUGAUGUGCAUGCUGGGGCUGACCGCCGGCUUCUUCGUGGCCGAGGUGGUGGUGAGCCGGCUCACGUCGUCGCUGGCCAUGCUUUCCGACUCCUUCCACAUGCUGUCGGACGUGAUCGCGCUGCUGGUGGCGCUGGUGGCCGUGCGCUUCGCCAGCCGGACGCAGGCCACCAGCAAGAACACGUUCGGCUGGAUCCGCGCCGAGGUGAUGGGCGCGCUGGUCAACGCCGUCUUCCUCACGGCGCUCUGCUUCACCAUCAUCCUGGAGGCCGUGGAGCGCUUUACUGAGCCGCAUGAGAUCGAGUCCCCGCAGAUCGUCAUCGGUGUGGGCGCCGCCGGCCUCCUGGUUAACUUGCUCGGGCUCUGUAUGUUCCACGGCCACUCGGGGGGUGGCGGGCACGGCCACUCGCACGGGGGGCACUCCCACGGCGGCAGGAAAGGCAAGAGGGCCAAAGGCUGCAAGGCGGACCGGCCCGGCGGGGCGUCGGGCGAGGAGACCAAUCUCGUUGGGACCUGCGGCAGCCCGAACGGGGUCAACGCCGACAGAGCCGAAGUGCACCGAGCAGAUAGCCCAGACGUGCAGAUAAAUGGCGGGACCCCCUAUGACGAGCUGGAGCAAAGCCAAGACUCGGCAUCGCAGCUGAACAUGCGCGGCGUCUUCCUGCAUGUGUUGGGCGACGCUCUGGGCUCCGUCAUCGUGGUGGUCAACGCGCUCAUCUUCACCUUCGUGUGGAAGCCCUGUCCCAAGGGGGAGCCGUGCAUCAACCCCUGCACCAGCAGCCACUGCACAGACCAUCAGCACAUCAACCACACGCUGGUGGACCUGUCGGGCAACUCGACAGGCACCGUGGCCUCGGCGGGGCCGUGUUGGGUUCUCUAUCUGGACCCAACGCUCUGCAUCAUCAUGGUGGGCAUCCUGCUGUAUACCACGUACCCACUGCUGAAGGAGUCGGCCCUCAUCCUGCUGCAGACGGUGCCCAAGCAGAUCGACAUGCACCAGCUGAGCGAACGGCUCCAGCAGCUCGAUGGUGUGCUGGCCGUCCAUGAGCUCCACAUCUGGCAGCUGGCCGGCAGCCGCAUCAUCGCCACGGCGCACAUAAAGUGUCACGACCCGGCGUCGUACAUGGAGGUGGCCAAGCGCCUGAAGGACUUUUUCCAUAAUGAGGGCAUCCACGCCACAACCAUACAGCCUGAGUUCGUCACCGUCAACUCCGAGUCCCGUACCUCCCUUUGCGAGCUUUCCUGCCUCACACAGUGUGCGCCCAAGCUGUGCUGCGGGGCGGCGGACAAGGUCGGCGUCGAGAAGAGACCUGAGAACAAGCCCCCGGUCCUGGAGGUCAUCAGCGAGGCUCAGGAGAGCUGCAACCAGGACCAACCCCCCUCUGUCUCCUCCAUUCAGGUGGUGGCCAGGCAAGAGGCAGAAGCUGUCUUCUCUAGGGAGGUCGAGUCAUCGCUGUGAGGAGGAUGGUAAUGGUCUUGAGAUCCACAUCAGGUCAUCGCCUCCCUAGGUCUCAGACCUCCAGGCCCCCGAUAGACAGACCUCUUAUGGGUGGAGCUCUCGUCCUCCCUCCCGGCAGGAUGGAAAUCCGCAAUCGGUCAGGUUCCACCCAGCCGUGAUGAGAGCCGGUCUCCGCGUUCCUUUCCACUGUUGUGGAAUAUCGCCAUAUCUCUGCCAAAGCUUCUCAACACACCAACAUUACACAUCUUGUAAUCUGCAGGUUUCAGCAUAAAGUGGUUUUUGUUCCCGGACCUCCUUCAAGUCAUCGCCCCCCAAUGGGAAAUUUAUUUUAUGAUGUGUAAUUUAUGUAUUUAAGUUAUUCUUGUCUGUAUACAUAGACACUUUUAAAAUCUAGCUCCUAUAUCACAGAGCUGGGCCGGCUGUCAGGACUGGACUUUACAAUAAAAGUCUCACCUGUGAUGUUAAAUAUGAGAAAUGAUCUCCUAAGCACUGUGCUUAUUCGUCUUCAUGCCUUGGAACCUGUUCACUAACCCUCAGUAGAUCUUGUCUCGUUCACCUUGCCUUUAACACGAGCUACUUCAGAUAGCUGUGGAUGGUCAGCUAUGUUUUUCACAAAGUAGUGAAGUGGCAAGUUCAAUUAACCCUCAUUUGAAGAUGGGACACCUUGCGUAUGAUUUACGCGCCACAAAUAAAGUCCGUCACCGAGUGACGGCAAAGAAGUGGAUGGAAGAGAAGUCAGACUUUCACCAUUGCCGGCUGGAGGACAAAUGUCACUUUUGGGUGGACAGUCCUGUAAUUACCCCGAGAGGAACUGGAUGUGAGUUCAUGAAAUCCCCAGUUAAGGGUCGUGUAUUUUAUUACUACGUCGCAUGAGCGGGCUGCAGUGCGUCAUGUGAACGCAGCUCCUUCUGAGGUGCUAAGGGGCGCAACCACUGAACGCGCCUCCAACAUUUCCCGUCCAAGUAACUAAGGGUCAGAAAAGCUCCCCUCUUGUGUCGUCGGCGGGGGGUGUUUGUGCUUAGGUGUUUUAGUCCGCUUUAGUGUUCCCGUGUGUUCGGCCAUCUUCACUGGCCGUCGCAUAAUUUCCCUGAGAUUCUCCCUCAUUUACGAAAGGACGUUUUAUUUUGAGAGUGAUUCACGGAUGCGUUUCAGAUUUUCACACAAAUGAAAUGUAUGCAUUGUAGGAGGGGCUGUUCCGGGUGCGUGUGCUGUAAGAUGUUCUCCCGUAGAGAUACGUAGUUUUAUGCUUUGUCUGUGACGCCCCGAUAGCAGCUCUGUACUUGUAAAAUUUAAUUUGUGUCAUUUUGAAUUUUAAAUGUACCUCACCGGCUGAUCGUUUCUAGACGUUUGUGUAAAGCGGUCUUUGAGCAUUAAACAUGGCUGUUGAUGUGC